AUGUCCCAAAACAAUAUUGACAGAGUUCAAGACGUAUGGUUCGAGAAUCUCAAAUGGAUCAUCAAGACCCCUUACGACGAAAUCAUUAAGGAGAGCUCAGCUAUCGAGCCAAAAUGGAAGAAGACUCUAACUGACAAGUGCUUUGGUGCGUUCGAAGAUGAGAAUGCUAUUCACUUCCACAACUUCUAUGUUGUGUCUCCGAAAUAUAUAGUCAUCCUUGUGAACUGUCUUUACAUGUGGGACCUUAUAAAGACCGUGGGUCUCCGGAAGUCGUGGUCUGGAGGCGAGCUUCAUGCCAAUUCAGUUGUCAUCUAUACAAAAAAGUCUAUGAGAGGCGCGGAAGACUUUACUCCAACAGACGUAUUCAAAUACAAAAGGAUUGUCGUCCCAAAAGAGAAGGUAUAUCUCGGCAACAGUAUCAUUUUGGGUGGAGGUACAUAA